AUGAAUGCACCUGCAGAUCGUGUUCAGACACCCUCGGCUGAGCAAAUAAGGGCUCUGAGUGAAACCAAAUGGAACCGACCUGCAUGCUGGUUCCAAGCUGAAAUUGCUGAGUUCCUCCUUUGCAAGCCAAAGCAGAAUUUAGUGUCAACCGCUGCAACAGGAACAGGGAAAACAUACACUUUUUUCCUUCCUGCCCUUUUUGAAAAAGAUACACCGGGAAUCUCUUUCAUAAUCGCACUGCUGAGGAAACUUGCAGAUCAGCAUGUGGAAAGUGCCAAGAGUUUAGGGCUUACAGCAAUAGCAUUGGAAGCAGGUACUAUAAACAAGGAAACUGCAAUCGGAGACAUGAAGUAUCAGUUUGUUGUGCUGGGGCCCGAUUUGCUCCGAGGGAACCUCCUUCGAGCCCUCUGGACGAAGGAUAACUUUGUCCAUAGCAUUAACCGCAUCAUUGUUGAUGAGGUGCACUGUGCAGUCCAGUGGCUGUCAUUCCACACAUCCUAUAAGAACUUGACAUGGCUUUACUCGUACCUCCAAAACAGAUGCCAAUGGUAUCUCACUUCCGCAACAUUGGAUCCUCAGACAUGCAGGCAAGUGCUGUCAGCGAUUGGGUUGGACCCAUACUAUAGCACUUACGGUGGAAAGACAACAAAAUGGUUGCGUCGUUCUAAUGACCGUCCGAAUCUCCAUUACUGCAUCCACCAAAUGCAAUACAGCAAAGAUUCCUGUAAUGACUUAGGAUUCCUCAUCCCGCUAGGCCUACAAGAGUCCGAUCCUCCUCCAAUCCCAUUUCUCGUGUACUGCGAGUCCUGGGCUGAUGCUGAGCGCAGCGCCAACUUCCUGAGGUCGCGAGUGUAUAGAAUCGUCUGGGUGCAUUCUGGGAUGUCAGACGGUCAUAAGUUGAUGGUAGUCAAGUUAUUUAAGGAAGGGAACCUCAUUGGACUUACAAGCACGGAAUCAUUGGGACUGGGCCAUGACCUAGCAAAUGUGACCCGUUUGGUUCAGUUUGGGCCACCAGACAAUUUAAACACAUUAACUCAGCGCUUUGGGAGA